UUAGUGCGUGUUCGGUAGGUUAGUAGUGGGCUCAUUGCUUAAUAACAGAGGCAAAAUUUGGGCGUUCGGUAUCAAAUUUUUUUAAGAGCCAAGCCCGCAAAAAAGCGAGGGCCCGCUGAUGAAGGAUUAUGCUAUCUACAAUAUUUCGAUGUUUUCAUUCUAUCAUCUUCUUCGAACCAGUUUCAUCUGCUAACGAAGAGGCUUUGAAGGUAAUUUCAGAGCAUCGAUUUUUAUGUAUUCUCCAGAUUUUAUUGUUGGCGAAGAACAGAUCUUGCGCUUAGAAAUUCUGACGGUUUAUGUGAAUUCAUGCCGAUUUUCGAUCUAGGGUUCUUAUUUGUGUAAUAUUUUUAUGAUAUUGGGGAAUUGUAAUUACAUAGGUAAUAUGUGGCAGCAAUUUUCCAUUGAUUUGUUGUUUUGUCUUACCCAAUUAUUCAUUGAUUGAUUUUUAAUUUUCGGCCAUGUCCUGUCGAAAAAUUCAUGUUUGGAUUCGAUGCGCCCCGACAGCUGCGAUUUUUAAGGAAAAUGACUUGGCGAAAGCAUAUUUACGUGGAGGUGACCCGUGUUAUACCCAGCUGUGCAAUCUCUUCGGCGCAAACAACGUAAAACAUGAGCUAUCUCAUACUGUUGUUCUCAUCAGCGACUCGCCACAAGUCAAGAAAUUGGAGCUCAUUGAAGUGGGUGAUUCGUCUAGUGACGAGGAAGUGAACUCGCCAAUCGUUGGGCCCAACAAGAACGUUGUCCGCAAGCUUACCUUCGUGAGCGGGCAGGUAAAGCCUACUGACGUUGGGGAUAACAACAUCUUGGAGGGAAGCUCGUGUGCCUCAUGUUCGCCCUUUAAGUAAUCCUGAAGCAUAUUACUAAUGUUUUGUGUACAUAGAUGGGCUUUGUGUAGCUCACCAACUUAUUUGCCAUGUUUUAGCUUUUAUCUCAUGACUAUCUCUAUGUGGCAUGUCUAAUUUUGCAUCAUUUUGUGGUUUGCAAAAGUCCCUGUUUAGCUUAAGAAAUGGAUAUCUUUUGUGGAAUGUAGAUUAUAUGUGUUAUUGCU